AUGUGUGACUCGAUCGAGUCUGCCUUCGUGGCAAUCAGCCGGUUAGCGUCCGGUUCGGAAACGACGUACGAUCUGGACUCCACUCUCUUUCCCGCUGGUGGGUUGCGCCCCGGUGAGUUGGUCGAAAUCAGCGGUGUAUCGAACAGUGGAAAGUCACUGCUGUGUCACGAGUUGAUCGCUCGUAUCGUACUGCCCACGAGCUGCGGUGGUCUGGAGCUCGGUGCCGUGCUGAUUGAUUGUGAGAACGGCUACAGUGAGACAGUACUGCUGAGCAUUAUGGAAAAACACAUCCAGAACCAAGCGGAACCCACACUCGCCCGUACGCUUGCCGAUCCUGAACAGAUGAAACACAUUCAGCGGACCGCACUCGGACGGCUCCAUCUGAUCGUGUGCUACUCUUUGGAACAGUUUGAAUUUUCACUCCUCGCACUGCCGUCCCUGUUUGUGAAGCAUUCCGACGUGACGUUCGUACUGAUCGAUUCGGUAGCGACAUUCUACUGGACCAAGUGUACGGCUAAGAAUCUCAUCCGCCAGGACACGUACCAACGGGCGCAUUGCAAAACGCUCCGCAGGCUCGCCUGUAAGUGGAGAAAGAUCGUCCUGCUCACGAAACCGUCCCACUUCGGGAGUCGGCAGGGAUCGUGGCGUGAUUUCGAAACGACCAGUUCGGUGGGUGCUGGACUGCUGGACGGUGCUGCAGCAACGUCACAGUCGUCGGUUUCCUUCGCGGGUAAUCUGCCGUCGUCCAUAAGCACACCGACCGUCAGCAGUUUAAUUGAUCAUCGAGUUGAACUGUGCGAAAUGGAUAAUCCGAGUCCCAGCGGAACAGCCGAUGGGGACGACCUGCGGUUCAACGCGUUCGUUACGAUGGCAGACAAGCGACAGUACGUGCGAUUCUACCUAAUUGAUAAGUUCGGAUUCAAUUGGUUAGAAGCGUGA